AUGAGUGACCAAGAACAGGUCUACAUGACCUUAAAGGUUCUAUACACGUUGGAUAACGAUCCAAACUCAUUUUUGUCGAGAUCCAACGAUGUUGUUCCGGUUUCUGUUGAACAGAUACCGAACCCUAACAAUGUUACAUCGACGUUGAAAAUCGGUGCAGUCGAAGUGGACAAAGUGUUGCAACAGGUGUGCCAGUCUUCUCCGGAACUGUUCCCUUCUUGUGAUGGGCAAGAGGUCGUGGACAAGAGUCUGCGGUCUACGGAUUUCAACGUUUACGUGAAGGAUAUAUGUGAAGAAGAUGAGCCGUUUGUUUCGUUGGGGUUGUUGUCCAAGCUGCGACAAGAAAAACACAUGGAUCGCACUUACAUGAUUGGCCGUGUGUGUACGAAUUUUGCAUCAAUGCUCCAAAGAUCAACGUCUCAGAUGAACUCUCUAAACGGGACUGUUAGCAAAGAUACUCUAGAGGUCAAAAUACGGUUCUCUAAGGUCAUGACUAGGGCCAAUUCGAGGCGUUCAUCAAUAGGCGGCAACAAUGCAAACCAAUCGAUGAUUGGAAUGGUAGCCACGCCCGUGUUAUCAGCUGGAACCCCAGAAUCAUCAGGUGUUGUCAACACUAAGGCUAGGAGAAUGCCUUCUAUGGGCAAUGUCAGAAGGCCGUCUAUUACGAACACCACCAUGCCUUCUGGCAACACAUCAUUCAACAAGAAAAAAAGGGUAACUAACCCAAUGCCCGCACCAAAGGCCGUCAGAACACAAUCGUUACCAAUAUGGAAUAACCCAGGUAUCCCCAAGAAUUCCAUUGCUCACAAAAUAUAUAUGGCUGAUAGAAACAAAGAACAAAAUCAAUCUCCAAAUGAACUAAGGCAGGAGAAAAAACUCACAUACCAGAUAUCUUCAUUACAGCAAGAUAAUUCUGUCUCCAAGUUCAAAGUGGACGAUUCCAUCUCUAAGAGGUUUGAUUUCAUGAAGAAGAAGAGCACCGUUACAAAAAAGAGUAAUGGUAACAGUAGUAGUGGUAAUAACAAUACUACUAAUGCCGUUGCAACACCAGCUUCUUCCACCAUCAAUGCUACUACCAAGUCUAACAAAAAACAGAAACGGAUGAAUACUGCUGGUGGUACAGCUUCUCACAAUGAAACCAUAUAUGAAAACAUGGAAGUAGAUCAAAGAACGCCGGAAAUAUUCAACAAAGAAAACAUUCCGCCAGCAAAUAAUAACGCCAACAUCGAGGAUCUACUGUUGGAUCUGGGUUCUUCAAACGAGGACUGGUUCCAAGGGUUAUUCCAAUCUCCUGCAAAGGAAACUCCAAACGACACAAACACUGGUCAUGCAGUCAAUGUCGAUGUGGAUAGAACAUCGCCCAUUGACACGCUUUCAAUGCCGCUCGUAGACUUAGAACCAAAUUCGGAUGGUCCUAUUCAAGUCAGUACCGGAGAGCAGCUGAAAAAGCUUUCGCUUCUACCACAUAUCAAAAAGCGCAAAUUAGAAGAGCAUGACAAUGUGUCCGCUGAUCGGCCAGAAGUGUCUGUAGCCAUGCAAAAUGAUGAUGAGGAUGAUGAUGAUGAUGAUGUCGUGGUCGAAGAUGAUGACGCAACUUCAAUUAUGCUACAAUUCAGCACCUCUCCCUCAAUCGUGCAAGACUCAUCGUCAACUUCAAAACUCUCAGGCCAUCGGGACAAUGCCCAAAAGGAUCCUCAUAAUCCAAAAAGCUCCAAAAACAGGACAAAUCAAAUGGAUUCGGAUGACGACUACGAAUCGAAAAAGAGAUCUACAGCCAUGCCUUCUUCUCCAACAGCCAUGUUCCAAUAUCAAUUGGACGACCCAAGCACUGAGAGCGAGCAGGAUUUCUCCAACGCGAGACAAAAGUUCGACGAAGACUCCACCCCAGCUACUCAAUACGGAUUUAGCGACGACAAGAACGGUCCAUAA